CCACCCCAAAGUGUAAGUUAAAAGGACAUGUCCAACAGUGUAGAACUUACAGGACUUUACAAACUCUCUUUAUGUUGAGAUGUUCCCAAUAUUAAAAUCCUUAUGGACCCUGAAGACCGGAAUAGUUCUUUUCCUCACUCCUCUGAUACUUCUUCCACUCCCAGUUGUCAUCAACACAAAGGAGGCCAGCUGUGCUUAUGUGAUCAUACUGAUGGCAGUAUAUUGGUGUACGGAGGCUCUUCCUUUAGCUGUAACAGCACUGUUACCUGCCGUCCUCUUCCCCAUGUUUGGCAUUAUGCAAUCCAAAGUGGUGUGUAUGCAGUACCUGAAAGAUACAAACUUGCUGUUUGUGGGUGGGCUGCUGGUGGCUGUGGCAGUGGAACACUGGAACCUGCACAAGCGCAUUGCCCUCAGAGUGCUGCUCAUUGUUGGGGUCCGCCCAGCACUUCUGAUGCUGGGCUUCAUGGGAGUGACGGCUUUCCUCUCUAUGUGGAUCAGUAACACAGCCACCACAGCUAUGAUGGUCCCUAUAGUACAAGCCGUGCUGGAGCAGCAGAACAAACAGGAGACAGAACUUCCUCAGAUGACCUGCAGCGAGGAGCAGUCCCAGGCCCUGGAGACAGAAUACAAAGAGCCAGCGAAGCAUGAAGACAGAGAAGUGGUGGUGCGCAUGUUGGAUGUCUCACCAGAGAUUUCCCAACAACAAGAGUGUGUAGACAAAAAACGAAUGUCUAAGGGCAUGACUCUGUGUGUGUGUUACGCCGCUAGCAUUGGGGGAACAGCAACACUCACUGGCACUGGCCCCAACCUAGUACUCAAGGGUCAAAUGAACCAGCUGUUCCCUCAGAAUGGUGAUGUCAUCAACUUUGCCUCGUGGUUUGGUUUUGCGUUCCCAAACAUGAUCAUCAUGCUAAUAAUAGCCUGGCUCUGGCUUCAGUUUGUUUUCAUGGGAUUCAACAUUAGGAAGACAUGGGGCUGUGGGGCACAAAAGUCAGAAAAGGAAAUUGCCGCCUAUAACGUGAUCCGCGAGCAGCACCUUCGCAUGGGCCCGAUGUCUUUUGGAGAACUCAGCGUUUUGGCUCUGUUCAGUUUGCUCGUGGUUCUGUGGUUCACUCGGGAUCCAGGAUUUGUGGCCGGCUGGGCAACGUACAUCUUUAACAGAGAUGCAGAAUAUGUGACAGACGCUACAGUUGCAGUCUUCAUUGCUGUGCUGCUUUUUAUUCUGCCAUCAAAACCACCCCGGAUUUUCAUCUGGUCCUCAAAUGGCUCUGAAACAGAGCCCCGGCUUACCACUGUCCCCAGUUCAGCUCUGCUCACCUGGAAAGUUGCUCAGAAGAAAUUACCUUGGAAUAUAGUUUUGCUCCUGGGUGGAGGAUUUGCACUGGCUAAAGGAAGCGAGGAGUCUGGACUAUCAAGAUGGAUUGGAAACCAGUUAACUCCCCUACACAGUAUUCCUCCCUGGGCAAUUGUUAUCAUUUUGUGCCUCCUAAUUGCUAUUUUUACCGAAUGCACAAGCAACGUGGCUACAGCAACACUUUUCCUCCCUGUUCUUGCUUCUAUGUCUCAGUCGGUUGGAAUGAAUCCUCUGUACGUCAUGGUGCCGUGCACACUCAGCGCUUCAUUUGCAUUCAUGUUACCUGUGGCAACUCCUCCAAAUGCAAUAGUCUUCUCAUAUGGAUACCUCCAGGUUUCAGACAUGGCAAAGACUGGCAUAAUAAUGAAUGUCAUAGGGAUUUUCUGCAUCACUCUAGCCAUCAACACCUGGGGCAAGGCAAUGUUCAACCUGGACACAUUUCCAGUCUGGGCCAACCAAACAGAAAUAUAAAGGACAGUAAUAGGCCAAAUAAAAACUAACAAGCUGCUCUUUCUCCUCAUCAUCUUCACAACUCUGAAGCACAGACACUGGAACGUGGCAGGUUUUGCACACUGUUUGCCUCUUUCAUUAAAGGACCUGAAUUACUAUGCAGCCAUAGGGUUCAGUUACUGUACAUUUUGAGUACACCCACUGUUUAAAAAAAUAAUUUUAACAGAAAGAUCACUGAACUUUGAAAUCUGGCUUUUACGCUUUGGUUGUGUUACUGUAUCCACAGCAAGAUACUAUUACAGUUCGAGCUUUUACAGUAUACUUUACAUAGCAGGCUCAUCUGUCAGGAUAGAACAAAACGGGAUGAGAAGUCAAAGUCUAAACAACCACCAGUUCCUUCUUCUUAAGAGUAAAAUUGUUCUUAAGUUGCAUUUUGUCAAGGGCAUUUGGAUAACAUGGAUCUUACAGAUUUUUUAUAUUAUAUAAGGUUAUUUUGACUGUGUGGAACCACAUAGCGUCGCUGAGAAGAAACAUCAGGCCACUUAUAAGCAAAUAUAAUGGUUGUGAAUCAUUAUGAAUUUUAAAGUCAGGUGUAUGGAAACAUUAAAUCUAUGAUAAAUUAUAUACUUUAUUAUAUCAUACUUAAAAUAGAUGAAAGGAAAUCCACACUGUAAAACUUUGCUGGUUUGCCAGUAACUUACUGUAUAUUUUAUGUACAAUUUUGUUUAAGCAGAAGCUUACUUAGUUUAUAUAUUUCUUACAUAAAACAAGACAAAAUAUCUUGGGUAUAUUCUUGGUAUGUAAAUGCAUCGUAAUUUAAGAAGUUUUAAAUAUUUUUAGAGAAAAAGGCUUAGUAAGAUUGUCAUUUUUUGCAGCAUUUCUGUGUCAUAAUUGGAAAGUAUAUUGAGUAGUAAUUCAAUCUACAGUAAGUUACUGGCAAACCUGCUGCAUAAAACUACAGCAAAGUUUUACAGUGCAGUAUUAGCAAAUCAGGCCCUGUGUGUCAGAGAAGUACAAUUAUAUAUAAUGAUAAAUUAAGUCUCCAUUUAACUUAUAUAGCCUGCAUUAUACUUUUUCAAUAAUUGUAUGGUUCUUGCAAACACAUUUUUAUACAUCCACAAACAAAUGAUUACCUUACUUGUAGAAUCAAAAUGAAUUGAAUUUAGAUGACUUUUUCAAAUGCUGCACAUUUUGAAUAUGUAUGACCUCAUUAUGUAUGCAUGGACAGCACUUUAGUGUUUAAAUGUACACUGCUGUUUUAUUUUAAUUAGGAUCUUCUGUUUAAUGGUCGAUUGAAUUAUUUAAUAAUAGUUAUUUUAAGACAUAUUUUCCAAGUUUGUUAAUUAUAAUACAUGUACCAAAUAGGCAUGUAAGGCAAAUGUGUCUUUAAUAAAAUUCUUUCUCUUCAAUAUUA